AUGAACGAUGGAGGUCAAGCUGAAGAGGAGACUGAUAACGCGAACCGCUCAGUCAUCCGAUCUGGCGCCGGAAGUUACAGCCGGGAGAUAGCAAGAAUUUCAGUGGCUCAGAUAUGCGAAGCCAUAGGGUUCGAAGGGUUCAAGGAGUCCGCUCUCGAUUCCCUUGCCGACAUUGCGAUUAGGUACAUUAGCAACUUAGGUAAAAUUUCCAAAUUUCACGCUAAUUUAGCCGGUAGGGCAGAGUCCAAUGUGUUUGAUGUGGCUCAAGGGCUGAAAGACUUAAGCUUGCCUCAGGGCUUCUCGGGUAAUUCGAAUAUUCAUACCGACUGUAAGUUCUUCUUGGCUGUUGUAACCGAUAUUAUGCAUUACGUUGAAACUUCCCAAGAGGUCCCAUUUGCUCAGCUGGUCCAGAAAUUUCCGGUGGUCAGAGAACGAAAAGGGAUACCUAGUUUUUCACAAAUAGGCGACUUUCCGAGUUUCAAGCACGUUCCGCCAUGGCUGCCGGAGCUCCCGGACCCACACACGUAUAUUCGGACGCCCGUGUGGAAUGAGAGGCUUUCGAAUCUCUGUGAGGACAAAAUCGAGCUUGCCAAGCAGCACAGGAAGGCCAAGAGGUCUUUGUUGAGCUUGCAGCAGAGGCUUCUGUGUAAUGAGUCAUCUUCUUCCUUGGACGGGGGUAAAGCAGGUAACCAGUUUUUGGCUAGCCCUCUGCAAAACGUGGAGACGAAGGUCUCGUUGUUGAAUAUGUUUGCUCCUGCCAUUAAGUCGAUGAGGGAUGGCAGUCUUGACUCGGGGAGUGAUAGGGAGAAGAUUGCUCCUGAAAGGAGGGGUAAAAUGGUCUUUGACGAGCCGUUAGAACUGAGUAUUCGGAAUAAGGCGGAAUCUUGGUUCGGGCUGGAGGACGAGAGGGGCGAUAAAAAGAGGAGGGUUGAGUUUAUAAUUCGGCAGUCCCUGGAAAACCAGCAGGAGCUAUCCGGGUUGUAA